AUGCAUCGGACUGUGAAAUCUUUUCUCCAGACUCUGAAGUUCAGUGUUGGUUGCUGCAGAUACUACUUUAACCAUAACUAUGAUCUGGUAAUAGCUCUUUGCAGUCAAAUAAAACCACAAGAAUUUCAGUUUACAAAGUGUUUGGGAAAUUCAUGGAACAACACAGACUCACCAGGGCACAUUGUGCCACGGAGAUUCUUUUCUUGCAAGGAUCUUCUGAAAUCAGAGCAGGAGAACUGGAAAGUAACUUCAGCAAGAUAUAUAGAUACAGCAGAAAGAAUCAAGAAGAAAUUAGAAGUAAUGUACAACAAGUAUACAUUCAGCAUGAGCAGCCCAGUGAUUAGGUUUGGGGAUUGUGUUUACUUUGAAGAAAAUGGCUGCAUAUUUCGCUCAAAAGCAGAUGGUGAUGAAGGAAGUGUUGAGGUUUUACUCAGUACUGAAGAUCUUGGUUUUCAUGAUGCGAUUAUUCAGCGCAUCAGAAUUUCCCCAGAUCAGAGGUAUAUGGCUACCAGCAUAAAAAGUUCAAAUUCUGAAGAGUCAAGCUGUAUUGUUACGAAAUUUGAGAAGUUACCUAUGGUGGAACAUAUUAUCCCAAAUGUGUUUAGUUUUGAAUGGGCUACAAAUGAUGUUCUGUUCUACACCAGUCAAAAGAACCUUGUAUGCCAUAAGGUGCUUCUGGCCACUUUCGCUAACAGAAAACAUGCUGAGCUAGUUUAUGCGGAACAAGAUCCAAGAUUUUUUGUGGAUAUAUAUUGCACAAAAGACAGACGUUUUCUCACCAUCAACAGUAACAGCAAGACUAGCUCCGAAGUUUGGUUGGUUGAAUGUAGCAAUCCUUUUAAUUCACCUAUUCUCGUACAACAGAGAACUAAAGGGGUCAUUUAUCAUGUUGAGCACAGAAAUGAUGAAUUAUACAUUCUUACUACUUAUGGAGAGCCUGCGGAAUACAAGUUGAUGAAGACUCCAGUUGGUUCCUAUGGUAUGGAGAACUGGCAAUUGGUUUACACGUUGAAAGAAAAGACUAAGCUAAUAGACUUAGAGAUGUUCAGAGAACACUGUGUGAUGUUUUUGAAACACUACGGUCAUCUUUAUUUAAAUGUGAUUUCUCUUGUUUCUCAUUCAGUUCAGUCUAUUAAGUUACCUGCAUGGGCCUGUGCAUUUGAGUCAGAAUCCCAUCCUGAGUACAAUGCCAGCACUUGCUAUUUUCAGCUCACCUCCCCAAUACAACCCCCUAAACGUUUUGCAUAUACAUUGGUGGAAAAUCAUCUCGUUGAGCAGGAGGCACCAAUUACAAUUAAUUGCCACACUCUACGGUUAGAAGCUAAGAGCAAGGAUGAAAUUUUGGUGCCAAUUACAGUUUUUUAUAAUACAAAUUCUAAAGAGCUACACAGGAAACCACUUCUGGUUCAUGUAUAUGGAGCUUAUGGCAUAGAUUUGAACAUGAGCUUUAAAGCUGAGAAGCUGAUGCUAAUUGAAGAUGGUUGGAUAUUAGCAUAUUGCCAUGUUAGGGGUGGCGGAGAGUUAGGCCUGAGUUGGCAUAAAGAUGGAUGUAUGCAUAAUAAACUCAAAGGUCUCCACGACCUUAAGGCUUGUAUAAUGCUCUUGCAUGAACUAGGAUUUUCUCAGCCAAAGUAUACAGCGCUAACAGGUAGCAGUGCAGGAGGAGUUCUUGCAGGAGCUCUGUGCAAUGCUGAUCCUGAUCUCAUCAGAGCCGUAGUUUUACAGGCCCCUUUCCUAGAUGUUCUAAAUACAAUGUUGGACACUGAUCUCCCACUGACAAUUGAAGAACAGGAAGAAUGGGGAAAUCCAUUAGCAGAUGAAAAGUACAUGGAAUAUAUUAAAAGUUACUGCCCUUAUCAUAAUAUUAAGCCACAGGCUUAUCCUUCAAUUUUAAUCACAGCAUAUGAAAAUGAUCAACGAAUACCACUGAUAGGAUUAUUAAGAUAUGUUCAUAAACUUAGAAAAGCAGAAAGGGAUCAUGCUAGAAGUAUGAAUAAGAAAGGAAACCUGAUACCUAAUAUCAUCUUAAAUGUUCAGGCAGGAGGCAGUCAUUGUGCUCCAUUGUGGGAGGAUUCAUUAAAUGAGGUUACAAGCCACCUUGCUUUUCUGUACAAAGAAUUUGGACUUGAGAGAGAAUAA